AUGACCGACACGCGCACCGAGACCCCCAUCGACGCGCGACGCCUCGCUGGCAUCACCGAAGGCGUCGCCGUCCGAGGCCGUCCAAAGCAAAGGCAUUCCGCCAUGGCCGCCGACGUGCUGUCACCUCGGAGCGAGCCAGCCUCUAUUACCUCGCCAAACGCAAACCGCACCUCCCUUCCUCCGCUCGUCACAUCCCCGCCGUCCAAGGCCAAGCUUGAACGGGCAAGCUCGUAUGCCAACAAGCGCCUCUCCACCUUCUCUAAUGCUUCCGCUUCGCAGUCCAUACACACGCGGUCACGACCACAAUCAACCGCGUUUCCCAUCUUCCAUUCGAGUCUUCCAUACAGCCUAGUGCGGGACUUUGCGUAUGGGCCGCUGCAUCCUCUCUUCUACGGGCCCCUCCCGGAACACCCCUCUGAUAUCUCUACACCUGCCAGUGAAGUCAGCAGGAGGCUCUCGGACCCGCCGGCAGUUGCCUGGCACGAUGACCGUGGAUGGUCUGCUGGGACUGGAUCGUGGGACACGGGAGACGGAGAGCAGCUGCCGAUGACUGCGUAUGAGGGAGGCCCGCCUUAUGAAGAGGAUGAAGAGAUAUCGAGCCCGGUGGUCACUAGUCACACGCGCCACAAGAAGCACAAGUCCAACAUUGUCAAUUUUGACCAGACCCGCGGCCGAAGGGGCUUCCCGGGAGAGCGGGGUUCUUACGCGGGGGCGAACGGCGACGGUAAUCACAUCUACUAUGUGAACGACCUUCAAGAAGCGAAUGGGCCAGGCGGAGAGUACAUCACAUACCCACCAGAGCAGUCUUCAUCGCUGGAAGUCCCAACCGGCGCAUCGCGACGAGACUCACAUUUCGCGACAACCCUGCCACAGCGUGCCUACACCGACGAGGGGCCACCGUACGACUCCGAUGAAGAGAUGUCAGAAAACGAGAACUUCCUCAAUGAUGAUAGCCGUUUCUCGCGAGAUUACCAGUUCACAAUUGUUUCGCCUGACGAGGAAAUGCACGGAAAAGCCGUAGCUCUAUUUGACUUCGAACGCGAAAACGACAAUGAGUUACCGCUUGUGGAAGGACAAAUCAUACUGGUUUCCUAUCGACACGGACAAGGCUGGCUCGUGGCGCAGGAUCCGAAGACUGGCGAGAGCGGCUUGGUACCCGAGGAGUACGUCCGGCUGCUCCGUGAUAUCGAAGGAGGCUGGAACGGACUGAUGAAUGGGACUGCAUUACAGCAAGAACCAAACAGCCUCGAAGGGCUGCUGUCUCCAGUCUCUGCUGGUCCUGAAGCCAAAACCCCCACUCAAGCCCAGCACGGGGCUUACACGCCAGUCAUCUCCACGUUCUCGACCAGCACCAAGGAUCUCGAGCCAUAUCCGAAAGAGAUGCUCGGCACACCGACUGCGGCGGACGGUAACUUCCCAAAGUCGAAGGACGGCGAGAAGAGUGAAGGGCCAAUGGAGGGUGUCGAGGCCAGCCCUGAGCCCGGCAGCCGUCCGCAGAGUCAGGGGACGAAGCCUUGA